AUGGCUACAAAGAAAGCUGAGUCCAAAAAGGAAGCAGAUAAAGCAGUUACACUUGAGCCAGAGAGACCCAAGAAGCCUGAGUUUGACCCCAAAACUAUCACAAUUGAGUUUACACCAGAUCAGAUUGAAGAGUUUAAGGAGGCCUUCAUGCUGUUUGAUAGAACACCAAAAGGUGAAAUGAAGAUCACUUAUGCUCAGUGUGGUGAUGUAAUGAGAGCUUUGGGCCAAAACCCCACAAACGCUGAGGUCAUGAGGGUGCUGGGCAAACCCAAAGCUGAAGAACUUAACACCAAGCUCAUGGACUUUAAGACCUUCCUGCCCAUGUUCCAGCAUGUGUCCAAAUCAAAGAAUCGUGGCACAUUCGAGGACUUUGUGGAGGGGUUGCGGGUUUUUGACAAAGAAGGAAAUGGCACCGUGAUGGGAGCAGAGCUUCGUCUAGUUCUUCAAACAUUAGGGGAAAAGAUGACAGAACGGGAGGUUGAACAGGUGAUGGCAGGACAAGAGGAUAGUAAUGGCUGCAUUAACUAUGAAGCUUUCAUUAAACACAUCAUGUCUGGGUAA